AUGUCUUCCUCCCACGCUGUCGUCAAACGAGACAGCGAAACGGCCCUGAUGCCGCCUCCCCCUCCGCCCAAACGCAUCAAGCGACCUGCCACCGUUCUCGACGAAGACGUGUACACAGACGCCUUAUCGCACAUCAUCGCGCGCGACUACUUCCCAGGCCUCAUAGAAACACAAGUGAAACAAGAGUACCUCGAUGCGCUAGACUCAAAAGACAAAGAAUGGAUCGCGAGUUCAAGGAAGAGGCUUACGGAUUUGAUGAUGACUCCGAGGCGGUCGAGGCCACGAUUUGAUGCGGAGGGCAUGACGUCCCGGGGAGGUGCUGCAGCACCCGGCGAUACUCCAGCUGGCUGGGGCGGGGAUACGCCCAUGUCGGUGGCCUCGGUGUCGACAGCGGCUACCGCAACAACGCAGAGGGAUCGGGCACCCGACGUCUCGAAGAUGGGUCUUUUGGAUUUCCAAGCGAAGUAUACAAGUGAGGAUAAUGAAUCAUUCAAUAAGUUACUGGAUAAGCAGAACACGAAGCGGCGGGAGAAGUACGCGUGGCUUUGGAGUGGGAACAAGAUCCCGACUGCGCCUCAGAUUGCUCAUCAUCAGCGCGAAACAAAACGCAUCGAAGCGCAGGGUGGAAAUCCUGAUCAGCAGAAACAGGUUGUCGUCAAAACGGAUUUGGAUGCCCGGCCUGCAAAGCCAGAUGGAUGGAAGUCCCAGGCGGAGAAUUCGCUCAUGUUUCUGCCUUCAUCUAUCGAGGACUCUUACGAGACUAUACAGCAGGGGGCUGAGGCGAUUUCCCGCGCGGGGCCUAAACGAGUCGUCUAUCAGAACACUCGACUCGCUGAAGACGUUCCUUCAGAGUCCAGCAACGCCCCACCACCCUCGCCUUCCAUCUCAGCAAUCCAGGAUGCAAUCGCCGGCCGACCACGCCGGACUGAAACCGAGGCUAGCUACGCCGGCGGCGAAACCCCCCGAGUCAACGGGUACGCCUUUGUCGACGAAGACGAACCGGAGCCGGAGCCGGAGCCUAGAAACAAUAUCCACAACAGCUCUCUCGAGGGCGAAGACGACCUCCACAUCCUCGGUCCCAUCUCCUCAACCCCCAACCCAUUCGAAAUCAGGCAAAACCGCCGCCGUGAAGAUCUCCACCACCGCAUGGUCGACCGCGUGGCCCGGAACAAGCGGGCCGAGAAGGCUGCACAGACCUCAAAGUCUCCGCUAUCAGCCAGUGCCACGCCGCGCUUCGCAAGUAGUCCACGGCUGGACUUUGGACUGAGGACACCGGGCUCGGAAGGUACGGGUAAGAUGCUCUCGCCUGCGGCGCAAAAGUUGCUUUCUAGGGUCGGCGGUACGCCGAGAGCGAAUUUGGGUGAUAAGGGCUCUUCUUCUUCGCGGUUGAAGAACAUGUGGACGCCGACGCCGAGGAGGCAGAGGUGA